AUGGAAAAGGCCAUCAAGGCCUGUCUCUCCGCAACAACCGAUUACCGAAAUAAACAUGCAGUCAGUGAAGUGCCUUCCAAAGUAAUUGAAGAAUUAGCCUUGCAACAUAUUGCUCCUUUAGCGGGUAAAGCCAACUUGUUGAAUGUUCCUAUCCUCGAAGGAAGACCCGACUGGCGCAAGAAUGCUACCGAGGUUGUAUUCCGUGAUAUGCUUCUCGACAUUGCCAAAGGAAACGAUAGUGAACAAGUGUAUAAUAAGACUGAAGACUGCCUUGAUAUUGUCUUGUACUGCUCAGCCACGGAUGCCGACUUGUUAGACCACGUCACUCAUUUAACUUUUGUUGAAGAGCUGCUUGAUGUCAACACCACAUUUGCUUGUGAGAAAUUGUUUAAUUAUGUCGAGAAACGCAAAACGAAAAUCACAGAUAACUUGGUGCCUGGUAAAGGAAAAGGUCUUGUACUUUUAAGAAUGUGUAACGUUCUGCUUCGUCGAUUAUCCAAGGAAACCAACACAGUAUUCUGUGGACGUAUCCUCAUGUUUCUCGCCAACACUUUUCCUUUGUGCGAACGAUCCGGUGUUAACCUCAGAGGUGAUUUUAAUAACGACAUGAUUAGCUUUGACUCGGAUGAACAAGUCGAUUCAGACCCUACCUUGACCGAAGAACAAAAGCAGUUUUACAAGACAUUUUGGUCCACUCGUCCGUAUUUCGCUAACCCUCCUUCCAUAUUUGAAGGCGAUAAUUUUAAAAACUUACAAAAGGGCACAGACAGCAUCACUCAAAGAUUCCAAAUCAUUGCAGAAAAAGAGGCAGAAGUCUUGGGUGCUCGCAAAAACUCUUCUCCUGCAGGGUCAAAACGAACUCGGGUCGAAUCAUCUUCUUUGGAUAUGGAUGUAGACCCUAAUAAGGCAGAACAACUGCUAAAUGAAAUUAAUAGAGAUUUCCAAUUCCCAAGGUUAUUAAGUAGUCGAAAAUUAUUAGAUUUAGAGAUGGAGGAUUCCAGAUUUCGAAGAAAUGUCAUUGUACAAUAUCUCGUUCUUUUCCAAUAUCUCAACGGAUUCUCCCAAUCCGAAAAAGACAAUACCGCUAAAUUAUUAGCAAGCCGUGGUUCUACCAAACAAUCCUUAAUCCAACCCAAUUAUAUUUUGAAAGAAGAACAAGUGGAGUGGAUUGCAAAGACUAAAGAUAUAUUAUUAACACUAUUACGGUCCACCAAACCUCACGGCAAUCUCUAUACAGAUAUUAUUCUGACCAUCUUAGCAAACGAACGUCAUUGGAUUAUUUGGAAAGCAUCUGGGUGUCCUACUUUUGAAAAACCACCAAUCACGAUCGAAGAAUUAGAAAAGAAUUGGUUAAGCAAGAAACCUCGAUUAUCGACACCUCCUAGCAAAUAUCGUUAUUCCCAUGGUAACUUUGAAGUCUCUCGACUCUACAGUAAACACACACAACCAUUAUCCCAAUUCAUGUUAAAUCGCGCAAAGACACCUACACCUAUUGAAGUGAUCACAAAGGCUACAGCCGAACUAGAUGAUUCACUCGACCCUUCCAAGGAAAGAUUCGAUUAUGCCAACGGAGCUUUAUUACAAGCAUCAAGACUGAUGUACCGAGAUCAUGCUCUAUUGAUCUGUAAAUUAUACGGCGCCAAAAAAGAUAUUUAUAAAGAAAUGCGAUCAAGAUUGAAUGAACCAUCGUCUCCCAUGUCGGUGGAUGAACCACCUAAGACCGCUGCUGAACAAGUGCUUGACUUUACAGUGGGAAAUACCAUCACAGAGGAUCAUUCGAUUCUACUCUCCAUCCUGUUAUUACCAAUAUCUGUUUUCAGUGCCCCAGCUAAUGAUAAAAAAAUGAUCAUUUCAAAUCAAUGUGACAAAACCCUUCAAAUGGGAUAUCAAACCAAUGAUGAUCCAAGAGGUACCACCAUCGAAAUUGGUGUUAAUGGCUCUCAUACGUUACAUGUCAACUCCAAUUGGGCUGGCAGAGUCUGGGCUAGAGAAUCGUGCGACUACCACGCCUGUGAUCUUGCAGGAGCUGGUGAUCCUGCCUCUUUGGCCGAGUUCAAAUUCAACAACAAUAAUGCUGAUAUUGAUUACUAUGAUGUAUCAUUUGUAGAUGGGUUUAAUUUGCCAGUCAGUAUUGAACCUGUGAUGAGUGGAGGCCUAGAUGAAUUUGUUCAACUGGAUAGCAAGCAUUGUAGAGUAUCUAUCUGUGACAGUUUGCCUGUCUGCCCCGAGGACUUGAAGGAGUUGGAUGAUGCCGGCCAAUUUGUUGCUUGUAAUAGUGCUUGUUCUAAGCAUGGUAAAGAUGAAUAUUGUUGUACCGGGGAUCAUGGUAGCGCGGAUACCUGCAAUACAAAUUAUUAUGCCAAUACCAUCAAAGAGACCUGCCCUGAUUCAUAUAGUUAUGCAUUCGAUGAUGCUACCAGCGUAUAUGGCUGUAAAGCCAAUGCUUAUAAAAUCGUAUUUUGUCCAUAA